AUGCCUGUGGAUAAUCCCGAGAUUAUUCUGACUAGCGGUCUUGAAGACCUCCAGGUCCGUCGUGAGUCUGUCACCAAGCCAAAGAGCAUUGAUGGAAAGAUGGUUGAGACCGUUGCUCGCCGGGCGUCUGAAUAUGACAACACCCCCACACACGAUGAGCUCCAUGGUCCCAACGCUCUGCAACGAGUUCCUGCUCCGAUCCCAUUCAAGGUCUACACCGUCGCCUUCGUCGAGCUCUGCGAGCGAUUCUCCUACUAUGGAACCCAGGUGGUUUAUUCCAACUUCGUCAACCAUUCGCUCCCCCUUCCUGCUCCUGAUGGCCCUCCGGGUUCCAAUCACAACACUGGCGCCGGUGGCGGCAGUGCACAGGGUAUUUCCGGAGCGCUGGGUGAAGGUCCCCAAAUCGCCAACGGUAUCAACACCUUCAACACCUUCUGGGUUUAUUGCGUUCCUCUCCUCGGCGCCUACAUGGCCGAUGAGCACUGGGGACGAUACAAGGCCAUCUGUGUCUCUAUUGCCAUUGCCAUUGUCGGCCACAUUAUCCUCGUCAUUUCUUCCAUUCCUCCCGUCAUCACCAGCCAUACUGCCUGUUAUGCCGUAUUCAUGCUGGGUCUGAUCAUCAUGGGUUUUGGUACUGGUGGUUUCAAACCCAACAUCUCGCCUCUCAUUGCCGAACAGAUCGAUGUCCCCUCCGCCUACGUCAAAACUCUACCUUCCGGCGAGAGAGUCAUUGUCGACCCUAUUAUCACUCAAUCCCGCAUCUACCAUUAUUUCUACCUUUUCAUCAACAUCGGUGCCCUCGUCGGCCAAAUUGGCAUGGUUUACGCUGAGAAAUACGUUGGCUUCUGGCUAUCCUUCCUCCUACCCACUUUGGCCUUCUGCACUACACCUUUCGUGAUGUGGUGGGGCCGCAAGCGCUAUCAGCAGCGUCCUCCCGCCGGUUCUGUCGUGACCAAGGCUUUUCGCUGUUUGUUCUAUGGCAUGAAGGGUCGCUGGUCUCUCAACCCGUACACCAUGUGGAAACGUACCCAUGACGGCUCUCUCUGGGAAGUAGUUAAGCCUUCCAACAUUCAACCAUCUCAGCGACCUAAGUGGAUGACCUUUGAUGACGCUUGGGUUGAUGAAGUUCGCCGUGGUUUUGCGGCCUGCGCUGUCUUCUGCUGGUAUCCUAUUUACUGGCUGGCAUAUGGCCAGUUGACCAACAACUUCACAGCCCAAGCCGGUACUAUGACCUUGAACGGUGUGCCCAACGAUGUCGUCAAUAACUUGGACCCAUUUGCCUUGAUCAUCUUCAUUCCUAUUUGCGACUCGUUCCUCUACCCUGGUCUUCGAAGACUCGGCUUCAACUUCACCGCCAUCAAAAAGAUCACCGUUGGUUUCUGGACUGCCGCUGCCGCCAUGGUCUGGGCCGCUGUCGUCCAAUACUAUAUCUACAAGAAAUCACCCUGCGGUUUCCAAGCCAACAACUGCUUCAAUGAAGAUGGAACUGUCAACCCUGCUCCUAUCAGCGUUUGGGUUCAGACUGGUUGCUAUGUUCUCAUUGCAUUGUCUGAGAUUUUUGCUUCCAUUACUUCCCUCGAGUAUGCCUAUUCCAAGGCACCAAAGAACAUGCGAUCUCUGGUUCAGUCUAUUGCUCUCUUCACGAAUGCCAUCUCCGCCGCCAUUGCUGAAGCAUUGAACCGUCUCUCUGGUGACCCCUUACUGAUCUGGAACUAUGGUGUGUUCGCUGUGGUUUCCUUCUUGGGUGGCUGCUUCUUCAUUCUUCAAUUCUGGUCUCUUGACAAGCAAGAAGAUCAGCUCAACUUGUUGCCUGAAGGUCAUGUCGUUGCAUUCAAAGACGAGGAGGUGUAUUCCAUUGGUGAGGAAACUGAACCAACCACCAUCCGCGAGAAGCCUUAA